AUGGUCUUGGAAGAGCUCAACGACUUCCAGCUCUUUCGUGCAUGCGGCCCACUCUACCCGGCGUUCGCGAUCGAGAGCCUUACGAGCAUCAUUCUCGGCUUCUUCUUCACCUACCUCGCCCUCCGCAUCGUGGUGAGGACAGAUGUCAAGAAGCCAAUCAACGCUUCGUGGCGCAUGUUUCGGGACUACAUCUCUCCAGCCGUGGACGAGUGGUGGACUUUGAUGAAGACCUGGCCGGAUAUGCCCAAGAAGAAGUGUGCGGAUAGAAUCACCUACUGUCGGAACCUCAACAUUGCCAUGUGCGUUGCGCAGGCAGCCGCAGCUUUCUUCUCCGUGUUCCGUUGGCUGCACAUUGGCAAUGUCAAUGGUCUGCGGUACCUGGGCUACGCCUUCACCUGCUCCCUGAUGCAGGCAGAGCUCGUGGUUCUCAUCGCUCCCUACGUUCCUUGCUACAAGCUCAACGUCGUCUUCGUGGUCCUCUUCACCCACGCCUUCCUUAUCUGUGGCUGGAUCGGCUCCUUGCACGAGGGCUUCCUGUUUGAGGAUGCCUCGUGGGAGCUCUUCAAGUCGUCCUGGGACGUCUCAAUCCUUGUGAUCACGAACAAGGGCAUUGCCAUUGGAAUCACGACCUUCUGCCUUCUCUUCCUCUGCCUCGUGCAGAUGCCCUUCCUUGCCUUGUGCUACUUCUGGGCAGGAGGGUGCCGUGCCCACCGUGACCUCCCAUACUACUACCUCCGGGUGAUGUGCGCGGUUUGGUUCACAUGGCCGGCCUUUCCAUGCUGGUGGCUGAUCUCGGCAGAAGGCCUCGGCCUCCUCGGGGAUGCGAAGAGCAACGCCGUGGGCUUUGCCGUGCUCAACAUGAUCUCCAAGGGCGGCUUCACCGUAAACAUGCUCAAGAUUGGUGCGGACCACCGCCGCAGGUGGCCCGACGCGCCAGCGCCCAAAAAAAGUCAGAGCUGGCUGGUUGGAAAGCUCCAAGAGUAUGAUGCCGAGUUCACGGAGAAUCAGACCAUCCAGCGCUUGCAGGCUGAGAAUGCUGAGCUGAAGGCGAAGGUCAUGAACACGCCGCCACAGGAGCCGAUGCCUCAGGAUGCACAGGAGGAGGCCAAGAACCCGGACAAAACGGCUGAGUCGAUGGGUCGACCCGACACACUUUGGGUGUGA